GCAAGAUUCUGGGUGGAGGCUGGACCUUUAGACAGACAGGCUGUGUGUGAGUCCUCUGCUGCAGUCCAGGCUGAAACAGUGGACACUUUCAUUUGUCAUGUCUGCGAGGUUGUUCUGUGGAUUUCUGCUCCUUGCAGUGUUCCUCAGUGGACUGAAUGGAUCAAGACCAGCUGUAAACCAGGAGCUCUCCACUAUUUUCAAUGAGCUGUGGAGUUUGGAUGUGAAUCGCAUGACACCUGGGAUAGACUACAUGAUCUCUGUUCAGGGUAGAGCAAGCUUUGUAAGUCAGGGCAGCCACACGGUGCAGGAUCACGCCUCGCAGCCGCUCUUCUCCAACGUUAAUGAGAGCAAACUGAGAAAUAUAACCACUUUCUCUAGCUUUAUGACACUGCUGGACAACUAUGAGCGGUCUACUGGCGUGACGGAACAAGUCACCACAGAGGAGCUCACAGAGAUGGAUCUCUUCUUGGACGCCGUCUUAGAGACAAAAGUCAUGAAGCGGGCUCAUCAAUACCUGGUGAGAAAAGGUCAAUCCAGCUCUGACUUGAGGCUUUUCAAGAAACAGCUCAACUUGAUCUGGUUCCACCUCUACCACAGGCAGAGAAACACAGGCCUGGACUCCAGUGGAUUUGAACAUGUGUUUGUUGGCGAGACAAAAUCAGGAACAGAAAUCAUUGGUUUUCACAACUGGGUCCAGUUCUACCUGCAAGAGAAAAACCAACACUUGGACUACAAAGGAUAUAAAGCCAGGGAGCAUGAUUUGCCUGAUCAAGAUGACCACGUUCUCAACCUCCAGUUCAGCUGGCACGGUGUGGUGAAGCCCGUUGGCAGUGCCUUCAUCGGCACCAGCCCCGAGUUUGAGAUGGCCGUCUUCACCAUCGUCUUCCUCAUGAACACGGAGAGAAGCACCACAGUUGUGGUCAACAUUGACCAGUGUCAGAUGGAGCUGGUGGUGAUCAGACACGGGCGCUCACUCGGGACGGCGUACCCCAAACUGCUCAGCAGCAACGGCAGACAUGUCAGGCAGCACGCGCACUGAUGUGAUCCAUCAUUUUAUUCACUUCUGAUAAAAACUAAUCUUUGUUCAGCAAUACGUGGCCUCAUUGAUAAGGAACUGACCUGCCUAAUGUACUGCAAAGGACAUUUACAUGUAUUUCAAGAUCACUGUGACCUCAGUAGCUUUCAAUAAAAUGUUACUUUGGAGUUCAACAUU